CUUAAGAGAUCCUGGCGUCCACACCAUCUUGUAUAUCAUGUAAAUGGGGAUCCACAUCAAGGACGAAAAACCGAUGGCGUACCCGACUGUGAUGCUCCAUUCGGGAUAGUUGUAGUCGAACAAUAAGUGCCGUGCAGAAGUUUAUUCGGGUAAAAGAUGGAUAACGUCUGCCAGAAGGUUGCAGUGCAGGUCGACACCACAGAAACUAAAUUAUUUGACAACUUCCAAGUUCAUACGCGUAUAAAAUUUGCGCUUGGCCAAUGGAAACGCCGCCCUGUACCUUUAAGAGGCGGGUCCUCGAGGGAGGGGCGGAGCCACGAGACACUCCACGGACUCGCACUUCUUUUUUUCCCCUCCGCGCGGAGGAACACUCGAUCCAUGGCAACAAUCAUGGCAGAAGCCGAGACGCGCCAGAAGCUGCUGCGCACUGUCAAGAAAGAGGUGAAGCAGAUUAUGGAGGAAGCGGUCACCAGGAAAUUUGUUCAUGAAGACAGCAGCCAUAUUGUUUCCCUGUGUGCGGCGGUGGAGGCAUGCGUUUUGCACGGGCUGAAGCGGCGAGCGUCGGGCUUUCUCCGAAGCAACAAAAUAGCCGCCCUGUUCACGAAGGUGGGCAAGAGCUUCGCCCCGGCCGAGGAGCUGUGCAAGAAGGCCCAGGAACUGGAGCAGAUCAUCGAGACCAAACGGAGCCAAAGCCUGCAAAGCCAGGACAGCCUGCGCCGGAUGCCUCGGCUCCCCAGCCUCACUCCCAAGGCCAUGAAGAACUUGUGGAUCCGGACGGCUCUUUUCGAGAAGGUGCUGGAUAAGAUUGUCCUCUUCCUGGUGGAAAACAGCAGUAAAUAUUACGAGAAGGAGGCUGUCCUGAUGGACCCCGUCGACGGACCCAUCCUCGCUUCUUUGCUGGUGGGACCUUGCGCUUUGGAGUAUACGAAGAUGAAGACCGCCGACCACUUCUGGACCGACCCCUCGGCCGACGAGUUGGUGCAAAGGCAUCGCAUCCACAGCGCUCACUGCAGGCAGGACUCGCCCACCAAGAGGCCCGCGUUGUGUAUCCAGAAGCGUCACUCCAGCAGCAGCAUGGACGAGCGGCCUUCCCCCUCGCCGUCGGCACGCGACUACGUCGAGUCGCUGCAUCAGAACAACAGGGCGACGCUGCUGUUCGGCAAAAACAACGUCCUCGUUCAGCCGAGGGACGACAUGGAGGCCAUCCCGGGCUACCUCUCGCUGCAUCAGACGGCCGACCUCAUGACACUGAAGUGGACGCCCAAUCAGCUCAUGAACGGCUCCGUCGGCGACCUGGACUACGAACGAAGCGUGUACUGGGACUACGCCAUGACGAUCCCGCUCGAAGAGAUCGUGUACCUGCACUGCCAUCAGCAAGUGGACAGCGGGGGGACGGUGGUGCUGGUGAGUCAAGACGGCAUCCAGAGGCCCCCGCUUCGCUUCCCCAAGGGAGGCCACCUGCUCCAGUUCCUCUCGUGCCUAGAAAACGGUCUCCUUCCGCACGGCCAGCUGGAUCCUCCUCUCUGGUCUCAGAGGGGAAAGGGCAAAGUGUUCCCGAAGCUGAAGAAGCGGGUUCCUCAGGGAUCUGGUUCUACAGACUCGGUCUCGGAUAAGGAGGAGGACGAGGCCACAGACUACGUCUUCCGUAUCCUCUUCCCGAACAUCCUGUCCGAGUUUGCGACUCCGCCAGACUUGAUGGAGCAGACCUCGGCGAUGUGGCACCCCACCCUCAGGAAGUCUUCGUGCUUGUCCUGCUCCCAGGGCAACCUCUCCGACGGCUCCGCGCCCAGAGGGUGCAACCAAGAGAGGACUCCUCUCAAGCUGCUAUGCGACAACAUGAAGUAUCAGAUCAUCUCGAGGGCAUUUUACGGCUGGUUGGCAUACUGCCGUCACCUGUCCACGGUGCGCACCCACCUCUCGGCGCUCGUCAAUCACGCCAUUGUGUCGCCCGACGUGCCGCGCGACGCGUACAAAGGACUCACCGCGGACGUGUGGCGGAUGUUCCUGCAGGACUGCACCACUUAUAAAGAGCAGGAGCUGCUUCGGUUGGUCUAUUUCGGCGGCGUGGACCCUUCUCUCCGUAAGGAAGUGUGGCCAUUUCUCCUGGGCCAUUACCAAUUUGGAAUGUCUGAAACAGAAAGGCAGGAGGUGGACGAGCGAGUGCGAACGCGCUACCAGCAGACGAUGCGCGAAUGGCUCGGCUGCGAGGAGAUCGUGCGGCGGCGGGAGAAGGAGCAGCACGCCGCGGCCUUAGCCAAGUGCUCCUCGGCGGCGAACGUGGACGGCACGAGUUCUAACAUGCUCCAUCGUGACUCAACUGUCAGCAAUGAGUCCCGGUCCUCACAGAGUUCUGACAGGCAAAGUCUGGCUCGUCUGCAGAGUGACUCCAGCAGCAGCACGCAGGUGUUUGAGUCUGUGGAAGAAGUGGAGCAGAUCGAGACAGAACCCAAGACCGAAGAAACCAAGCAGGUGCCAAAGAUGACCAACGGGGCUCUCCAGAACGGCCCAAGUUCUCCCGACUCCGGGCAUCCCUCUUCCCGCAACUUCUCAGUUACUUCCGGCAUGUCGGACGGCUCGCUGAGCACAGAGGACAGCGCCGCACCUGAGGCUGCCCCGAGGGCUUCGGCCAAACCUCCUCAGGAUGCGGCUCUGACCGAACAGGGCAAACAGGAAAAACCAAACGUGACCAAGACCGGUGCACUAGAUGUACUGGAAGAAUCCAGCAACUCCGAGGAUCCCAAAGUAGAGGAGGGUCAGUGUGAAGGUGGUGCCUCAGUAGAUAUUCAAGCAAGCAAAGUGCCUGACAAAGAUUGUACGAUGGUGCCAGGAACAUGUCCAGAAUCCCAGGACCAAGCUGAGCAAAGACUGAAAAAUGAAAGCCCAAAGAAAACUGCAGGAGAGUGUCAGAGCGAAUGGUCCAAAGCGGAAGACAAAUCCAGCCAAGGUGGGGCAUCGCAAGAGGUGAGAGGAGAAGCUGCCGUCCAAAAUCCCAGAACACCUGAACUUGACAAGAAACUGAAUUUAUCAGCGGACACUCGGGUGUCGAGAGCGAGAGAAGCCUACUGUGCCUCCCAGAAGGCAGAAGCUCAGGUCCUGACCGAAUCUGACGAGUCUCCCUCGGCGAUAGAGAUGGAGGAGAUUCCCAAAGUCAACGUUUCAAUGGUUCCCUGGAGCAGGAAGGCUCGCUGCGAGCCCUUGUCUUCCUCUGAGGAGUACACGGACAGCAGACCCGAGCGGGGGCAGGAAAAGCCCAGUCCGGAAGGAACAGAGUCCAUGAUGUCCGAGGAGCCAGAGAUGGAGAGCUUCUACCCUCACUUUGAGUCUGUGGACGGAUGUGCAGACACAGCCGACGCCAGCUCACGACAAUCUGCCUCGGGGGCGUUCUCCCAAGAGCUUUUGGACUUGUACACGUUGAACUUGCACCGCAUCGAGAAGGACGUCCAGCGUUGCGACCGGAACUACUGGUACUUCACUCCUGCCAACCUGGAAAAGCUCCGCAACGUCAUGUGCAGCUACGUGUGGAGGCACCUCGACAUCGGAUACGUGCAGGGCAUGUGCGACCUGUUGGCCCCGCUUCUCGUCAUCCUGGAUGACGAGGCCUUGGCCUUCAGCUGUUUCACAGAGCUCAUGAAGAGGAUGAAUCAAAACUUUCCGCACGGAGGAGCCAUGGAUACGCACUUUGCCAACAUGCGCUCUCUGAUCCAAAUCCUGGACUCCGAGCUAUUUGAGCUGAUGCACCAAAACGGAGAUUACACGCACUUCUACUUCUGCUACCGCUGGUUCCUCCUAGACUUCAAGCGAGAACUGGUCUACGAUGACGUCUUUGCGGUCUGGGAGACCAUCUGGGCGGCCAAGUUUGCUUCCUCUAGUCACUUUGUCCUCUUCAUCGCUUUGGCGCUGGUGGAGAUCUACAGGGACAUCAUCCUGGAAAACAACAUGGACUUCACCGAAAUUAUCAAGUUUUUCAACGAGAUGGCCGAGCAUCACAACAUCAAGCAGAUUUUGACAUUGGCAAGAGAUCUGGUGUACAAGGUCCAGAUGCUGAUCGAGAACAAGUGAUCGUGAUGUCCGUCUUCUUUUUCCCUUCCAAAAAAAUGUAAUCAUCUGUAGCAGUACACACACACACACACAUCACCGCACAUGCAUUUUAUCAUCUUACAAAAAAAAAUGCCUUCGCCAUUAUUGACCGAGCCUCAACGACCGCGCGCUCCUCCGUGUCAUUUGUGUCGUCUAUGAUAAUAUUCUGCUUUAUCGAGUAAUCGUCAGUAUCUGCAAAUACACGCUGUGUUUUAUGUCAAACCUCAAAGUGUCUGAUGUUCAUCAAAACAGUCUUCAAUCAAGCUUAGUUUGCAUAUUUCAAAACGAAAUAGAUAAUAGAUAAGAUGAAUUCAAACUAUUUUGAAAUUGCCAGUUAUUUAUGAAUACUGUCGCUUAAACAAUGUUUACAUGAUUAAAAUGGAAACUUUCCCCACUUUUUCUCCUCAUGUGAAGGAAUGAAUGAAUGAAUUUUAUUUUUACGAUUAAAAUUUAUUUAGCGCGGCGUACCACAUAAGUGAUUUUAUAUCGACAGUGUUUCCGAUAUCUGAGCUGCCUUCCUGCCUCGCUACGUGUAAAUUGUGCUAAUUGUGAGAUUAUUAUUUGUUAAAUUAUAGUCUCAUGUUUGAAAAUUCAUGUUUCAGAGUCAUCCAUUUUAUUGCUGUUUGUUUUUUUUUUUUUUUAAUCAGAUUUUUAUUUUGUACAUUUUACCACAUGGAUUUUUGUAUUGUCAGUUUUGUUUCAUUUGCAGAAAUUCUAUAAUUUAUAUUAUAUUGGUUAAUAACAGAACGGUAAUGUUUUUGUUUUUUUAUGUGACCAAUUGCAUUGCAAAUGAAAGAUACUCGUCGCUGCUUGUGAAUUAUUUUUUAAUGUUGUUUGCAAAAACAAAAAAAUGUACUGGAAAAGUAGCUGCUUUUAUGAUGAUGAUGAUGAUGACAAAUAUUUACAAUAUCUGCUUUUCACCAUUCAAUUAAUGCUCAUAAUUUCCCAAAUGUCAAGCUUGCUAUUUAUUGCUUGUGUGCGACUGCGGUAAAAUGGAUUAUAUUGAUGUUUCUUUGUGACUGCUAACCGAUGUUGUCAGCAAGCCUGCUUUAAUUUAUUCCCCAUCAUGUUUUUCCUUUUUAUUAUUAUUAUUAUUAUUAUUUAUUCGCCUUUUCACUCAGAUGUUGCUAUUUUGGUAAAACUGGUAUUUUUAUUUUGUGCCAAGUUCUAACCUGUAUUGUAAAACAAAUUAUAUUCUGAGAGCUCAUAUAUAAUAUAUAUAUAUUAAAUGGUAUAUGUUAUUGUAACAUCAGAGGAAUCAUCUAUUAUUGACGCUGAUACACUCAACACUGCCAAAUAAAGAUGUUUUCUCUGCGAUACGUUGCAUUUCGAGGAUAUACGGGAAUAUGGCCGACCGUUUUGUGAUGAUAAAAUAAAUGACCAAUUCAUACACAAUCGGUUGCAGACGUUCGUGUUUCCUAAAAAGAGCUGCGAUGAUGCAACUGUCAUAUUGCUCUGUUAAUGCAUACAUGGGAAUAUUCGUCACUAGGAAUGCGGUGACGUGUUAUGAAAUCCACUGGGAUCUAACUAAAAAAAAAAAUAAUGAUCGGAUUUUUGUCAAAAGAGCA